AUCCUUUUGAGUGUUGGGGAGGUGGUUGAUGACCCAGCAUUUGCCAAAGAGCAAAACCGAGCGAUUCUUAAGACCAUAUUUGAUGUGCCUACUAUCGAAAAGAAAAUUGCGACUCACGUUCAUCAGAUUUCAAAGUUGGCAGCAAAAUUACCUCUCAGCGAAGUUGACGUCAAGGCUAAUCUCAUCACCAUCUACGGAUUUGACUCGCUUUGUGCCGUGCAGUUGACCGCUUGUCUCGGCAGUGAAUUUGGUAUCGAACUUGCGCCGGCGCUCAUGUUGGAUCUGUACACGAUCUCCGAUUUGGCCGGACACAUUCACAACCAACUAAAAGUUAACUCUCUAUGUGAUGAACCCGAAAGUUACGAAGAGGAGAUAAUGCCACUCAAGGAAAUUCAAGAGACCAUCGCCAAGCAUGUUCACUCCAUCUCUAAGCUGGCCUCCAAGAUGCCAGUGGCCGAACUCGAUUUGAACGCCAACCUCAUUACCGACUAUGGGUUCGAUUCGUUGGCUGCUGUGCA